GAUAACCACUUUUCGUCCUCCAUAGUGCCUAGAUACAGUUAAAUAAGGUUUAUAUAUGACUUGGCACUCAUUCAAGGAAAAAAUUACAUGUUCACAUUCACCUUGCAGUUUUAUAACAUUGUGAAUCAUAAAAUGACCACAGAACCCAAGCCAAAUAUGAGUAUGACCUCCUUGGUCUAAUAUCCUGCUCAUAAAGUUUGUUAAACUAAAACUCUGAAGUGUCUGUGUUUGUCAAUCAAGUGUACAGUUAUGUAAAAGUUUGUUGACUCUGGGAUCAAGGUCAGGUGGUACCUAUGGAAGCAGUCAGUGGUACUUGUACUGUGGUAGCUUUGUGCAUCCAUUUACAUUGACCCACAGUGUGCACUUGUGAAAAAGUGGGCUUGACAACAAAGGUGUCAUGGAAAGAAGUUGGUUGAACUCCCCAAAUGUUUUCAUUUCUGGAUGAAAAACACUUGUGGAUGAAAUGAUUGAAAAGUUGCUUGAUUCAGAAGAUGUGGAGAGAAGCUACUGUCUAUUUACGGAAGAUGAUGGAGGCAUCAAAUCAAGAGAACUGUCCAGCUAAUUGCUCUGGCCAUGGAGAUUGUCAUGAUGGAGUUUGCAUUUGUGAGCUGGAGUUCCAAGGAAUUGAAUGUGAAGAUAUCAACAAUGCUUACUUUGUUGCUUUUGGAAUAAUCUUCUAUCUCCUCUCUACUUGUUGCACCAUUCAACUGAUUUUGUGCAUUCAGUCCGACUUUUCUCGCCUCAAGAAUCCGUCCUUUCAGAAGGCUCUUAAAGUCACCACUCAGAAGCUGUUGUAUUUUCUUGUUAUCAUCGCCGCUUUAAGUCGAGCUCUUUACUUUUCAUUACAGCGCUAUCUACCAGAGACAUGGGCCAGUAACAUGCUGAGUAUGUACUAUCCGUUGCUGCUAUCUUGUUUCUCAUUGGUUGUCUGCUUCUGGGCAGAGGCAUUUCAUUUGUCUGACAAGCAACACAGCAAUCCAGGAUUCUUACGAGACAGUUUUUGCUACUUCAUUCUCUUCAAUGUUCUCCUGUACAUCCUACUAGUAGCUCAGUUCAUCACCAUGGAGACUUUGUCCUUUGAUCAUCAGUUGCUUAGCAACAUUUUCAAUGGAUGCUUUGCGGGACUCAUGACAAUUGAGGUCAUUUUCUUCCUUGUUUAUGGAGUUGAGGUCUUCUUCAAGAUUAAAGGAGCCUUUACAGUAAAUUACCAUUCUACAAAUCAACUGCCUGCUGCAGACAUUGGUCAACUAAAUGUCAAUAGCAUGGGUCAGUCACCUGACCAAUCACAUGACCUCUCUGUCAUUGGAGCUAACAUAAAGUCAGUGGAUGUUAGCAUUAUGCACCAGUCUCGCAUUGGGCUGUUAUUCCAAGGAUUACUACAGAUAUUGAUGGUCUUGUUCUUGAUGUUGAGCGUGACUGAGCCACAGUGGCGAGAGAGCCUCCCUGUUCUGAAGAGGAAUGUCCAUGAUGUCUUGUUUCGUAUCGUUGAGGUUGGUUUGGCUCUGUGGUUUCCUUGUGUCUUAUGGAAGAGUAGAAGUCCAGAGUCGCUGUGGAUGCUGAACCCAACCAGACUAUUCAGACAGACAAGAGAUGAAGAAAAGUCACAGGGCAGUAAGAAAGAAGAUGAUUGGUUACUUUGCCGUAAACGAGCUCCUACAUAUGAUUCUACAACUGAUAGCUCCAGAGUAGAGAAAGAGUUGGAGUGCUGGAUAUGCUACGAUCUGCAGCGGACCGAUGCUGGACCAAUGAUCCAACCCUGUGAAUGUAAAGGAGAUGUGGCAUGUGUGCAUCAUGAAUGCUUGAAAAGAUGGUUGAUAGAGUCAGCAGAUAAUCCCGAGGCCCUUCAUUGCAAAGUUUGUCAAGCAGAGUACCAAUUGAAGACAGGAUCAGCUUGCAUCUGGAAAGGUUUCCAGCUGAAGCAAGGCUUCUUCACAGCUCUAGCUGUAGGAAUCAUGGCAGGUGGACCUGUAGCCGUCUACUAUAUCAUGGAGAAAUAUCCUUCAGAUGUUGUCAGUGUAGUUUCCAUUGGAGCAUGUAUCCUCCUGGAAAUUGUGUGUCUGAAAUAUCUUGGAAUUAGUCUAUGCACUGCUUACAACAGAGCAAGUAUUGCGUCUUUACGCAUCAUCGGCAAGAUGGUGAACAAACAGGAAACCAUAGCAACAACUACAACAUCACCACCAGAAUCAGACGUUACAGCAACUGCAUCAAGGACAGAACCGAGUAUUGCCAUAGUUUCUGUUUCUAUUAUGAGCCCCGAAUUAUCGUCCAAUGUUGUACAGGUGCAUCGUGAGUGAUAAAUCAUUCAAACAAACCAGUCACAAUAAUUCAAUUAUUUAUUUUUUAAUUAUGCUUAUUUUUAUUAGAUUUAUCUGUCAGCAUUGAAUUUUACGUACAGAUGUAAACUUGGAUGUGUGUAUAUUACUUGAAGAUUCAGUCUCAAAAAAGACAGAAUUGCACUGCCAAAUCAUUGUUUAUAGUUUGUAAUUUUGCCAAAUUUGCAUUCAUUAUUAGAACUUUUGUUGGUAUGUUAUUUGUUUUUAUUUUCAUUGUGAGACAUGGAAAAUACUUCAAAGUUUUUGUUUGUACAGAUGAUACGAAAGAUAUACAUGUACUUUCAUUUUAUUUUCAAGUUUGUGGUUUUUGUAAGCUCCUUUUCUCAUCACUGCUGAAGAAAUUCAUAAAUGCUUGUAUGUCAUUGUAGUAAACGCAAUUCCAAUGCAAUUGCUGGCAAAACUGAAUAGGUUUUCAAAUACUUGUGCAUUCUCUCGCAAUUUUUCAGGAGGUAUUGCAUUUGUCCCCAUUGUUGGAGUCAUUGAAUUGCUUUUGUUUCUCCCUAUCGAAACAUAUAAAUAAGGUUCCUUCGGGCAACUUGCAACCUUCAGACGUAGGCUGCUUGAUAAUAAAAAUGUGGCAGUAGGUUGGAGGUUGUGCCUUUGAGUCCUACAGGAGUAAAUAUGGUUCUAAGGAGUCUUGGUGAUUAUUCUUUGUAUGUUUCAGUUUGAUGGGUAAUGCUACAGAAAUGCACUGGGGGUCUCAGCACACUUGUAUAACUGUAAAAAACAUGCUAAUGUAAACUAUAUAAGCCAGAAAUAUUCUGCAGUGCAUUCAUGUCUGCUGCAAGUCUAUCUCCCUUUCACCUGUAUUUCUACAAUUAUGGAAAAUGAAAAUUGAAUUUUGCUGUCAGCACAACUGUUUAUAUUGAAAUGGCUAAUAGUUUCUUGAUUAGAAAUAUUAAUCAUGAUGUAUCAUUUAUUGGCGAGGUUUUUAUGGCAUUCUAGUACAUAGAGUUGAGAGCAGAUUGGCUACAUGUCGAUAGUAAGUCAAUUUGUAGUUGUAAUUACGGUUAAAUCUUUUAUGUUUUAAGUCUUAGAGUACUCAUUGGACAGAAGUUGGAACAUUCCAUUGUAACACUUCCUUCAAGAAAUUCAUAUUGUAUUAUGAAAUGAAAGGAUGAAAUGUGCUUGAUUUGAUUUUUUUCAGUGCCAAAGCUGAUGAAAUUUUUAAGAUUAUUGCAAUAUUUUUAAUUUAGUUUACCUUGGUGUUGAGCCAGAUUGGUCACCCAGUUGUAGAUAGUGAUAGAUAUAUCAAAUAUCGGUGUUUAUCUGACAACCAAAUUUCAGUUUGGUUCUUAGACUUGUAGAGUUUCAGUACCUUUUGUUUGCUUUGUUUGGUCAUAUUUUACUGCAUUUAUUAGUUCAAGAACUAUUUCUUUUAACAAUAUGGAUUAUGUUUAUAUAAGCUUAUUAUCAAGACACUUUCAUGGCAUCUGUUAAGUGCAUUGGAGAUUCCUUCACAGAGGCAUAAUGAGAGAGACAAAUUUGUCAGCCUUGUUUAAGGAGAGGAACAUUCAUUUUUGUAAAUGUUUGCUUCUUUUACACUUGUUUUUGCAAGGUUAAAAUUGUUGGCCUUUGAAUUCAAGGAAAUUGUUAUGCUCAGUAAUACAUGUAUAUGAUUUCAAGUGAAGAAUAAAAUUGAUACACUGUAUAGGAUACAUUUAUAA